AUGCCAGCGCAACCCGACAACCCAGAUCCCGCGCACGCACACAUCGACUCGAUGCUGUCACGAAAGUUCGGCAAGGAAGUCGCCAACUACUUCUCCGGCUCACCACUGAACCGUGUGGCAUUCCUGCGAGCGGACAGCAAGUUUCUGUCUCAGGCCUUGAAGCACGACAGCACAUCCUUCCUCCUCUGCAACGAGCUCCAACCCCUCGUCCAGUCCAACACCAAGCCCGGCCGCGGCAAGCUCGCCUACGUCAAGUACAACCAUGUCCAAUCCAUCAUCGGCGGGGACCCCUUCUCCAAGGACGAGAAAGAGUUGGUUGCAACUUACAACAGCGACAACUACAUCCCCCAGAUCAUCUUCCUCGGUAUCGACGAGAAGAAUAAGAAUCGUCUCACAUACCAAGCCAAAAACCGCUACACGGGAGCGCCGUACUUCGCCGUCGAUGUCACACCCAGAGGAAGCGUCAAGGAGGCCAGCGAGAAGCUGAUCGCAGACCUGAAGAGCAAGAGCCUGGAGUUUGGCAAGGGCAGGAUAAUGCAUCUGGAGGCACAAGAUGCGGCCAUAUAUGCCGAGGCACGACAGUUGCUAGACUGGAAUGCUAGGAACCCAUACUGUGCGGCGUGUGGCAGCCUCACAAUGAGUGUCAACGCCGGCUUCAAGAGGACGUGUCCACCUACAGAUGGCUCAACGAAGAGAGUCAGCAAUGCGAUCCCACCCAACACGGAGCAAGGCGCAGAUCCCAAGGCUCGUCCACCAUGCGUGACACGGACCGGUAUUUCCAACUUGUGCUUCCCUCGAACGGACCCUACCGUCAUCAUGGCUGUCAUGAACGCAAAGGGCGACAGGAUCCUCCUCGGACGACAGAAGCGCUGGCCCGCAUACUGGUUCUCCACCCUCGCCGGUUUCGCCGAACCAGCCGAAUCAAUCGAAGAGGCCGUACGAAGAGAAGUCUACGAAGAAGCCGGCAUUCUCGUCGGAAGAGUUGUGAUCCACUCGACGCAACCUUGGCCGUACCCUGCGAACCUCAUGAUUGGCGCUAUUGGUCAAGCGAUACCGACUGGCGAGACGAUCGAUCUGGGUCAUGAUCCUGAGCUUGAUGAUGCGAGGUGGUUCGAGUUUGAUGAAGUGCGACAUGCGCUGAGAGUAGGCACGUCGGGGCUGGGUGAGGAUGCCAGUCCAGAGUACAAGCAGGGCGAUUUGAGAUUACCGCCCAACACUGCGAUUGCGAAUCAGCUUAUGACAGCUGUGGUCAAUGGCUUUGCGAGUGGCGAGACCAAGAUUUAG